AUGGGUAUUUUCAACAGGAAGGCCCAGGCCGAGGCCACCCGCCACGCUCAGGAGGAUGCACCUCGGUUCGAGAGGGUCAACUGGAGGAAGGAGCCGGGUCUCCGCAAGCUCUACUUUUACGCCUUUAUUCUCUGUGUGGCCUCGGCCACAACUGGCUAUGACGGCAUGUUCUUCAACUCGGUACAGAACUUCGACUCAUGGAAGAACUUCUUCGGCGAUCCACAGGGUCAGACCUUGGGCCUCCUCGGCGCCCUCUACCAGAUCGGUAGCUUGGUCUCGAUCCCAUUUGUUCCGCUCAUCACCGAUAACCUGGGCCGGAAGCUCCCCAUUGCCAUGGGCUGCUGCAUCAUGAUUGUCGGUGCUAUUCUCCAGGGCAGCUGCCAGAACCUACCCACAUUCAUGGGUGGCCGCGUCCUGCUUGGCUUCGGCAACAGUCUCGCCCAGAUUGCUUCUCCCAUGCUCCUCACUGAGCUCUGCCACCCACAGCACCGAGGCCGUCUGACCACCGUCUACAACUGCCUCUGGAAUGUGGGAGCAUUGGUGGUCGCAUGGCUCGCCUUUGGAACAAACUUCCUCAACAACGAGUGGUCCUGGCGGAUCCCGGCCCUGGUCCAGGCUCUUCCUUCCGUCGUCCAGCUCGUCUUCAUCUACUGGGUGCCCGAGUCUCCUCGCUACCUCAUGGCCAAGGAGAAGCACGAGCAGGCCCUCGCCAUCCUGGCCAAGUACCACGCCAACGGCGACGCCAACCACCCCACCGUCCAGUUCGAGUACCAGGAGAUCAAGGAGACCAUCCGCCUCGAGUUUGAGAACAAGAAGAACAGCCGUUACGUCGACUUCUUCCGCACCCGCGGCAACCGCUACCGCCUCGCCAUCCUGCUGUCCCUCGGCAUCUUCUCCCAGUGGUCCGGCAACGCCAUCAUCUCCAACUACACGUCCAAGCUGUACGAGACGGCCGGCAUCAUGGACUCGACCGAGAAGCUCGGCCUGUCGGCGGGGCAGACGGUGCUCGCGCUCAUCGUCUCCGUGACCAUGGCCCUGCUCGUCGACAAGAUCGGCCGCCGGCCCAUGUUCCUGGCCUCUACCGGCGGCAUGCUCGGCACGUUUGUGUUCUGGACCCUGACCUCGGGCCUCUACGAGGAGCACGGGCUCGAGGGCGCCAGCAAGGCCAUGAUAUUCUUCAUCUGGCUCUUUGGCGUCAUGUACUCGCUCGCCUGGUCCGGCCUGCUCGUCGGCUACGCCAUCGAGAUCCUGCCCUACCGCAUGCGCGCCAAGGGCCUCAUGAUCAUGAACGUGUCCGUCCAGGCGGCCCUGACGCUCAACGUCUACGCCAAUCCCAUCGCGUUUGACUUUUUCGAGGGCCACACCUGGAAGUUCUACCUCAUCUACACCUGCUGGAUCUUCUUCGAGCUCUGCUUCGUCUGGCGGUUCUACGUCGAGACGCGUGGGCCCACCCUCGAGGAGCUGGCCAAGGUCAUUGACGGCGACCAGGCCAACGUCGCUCACCUGGACAUGCACAUUGUCGACAAGGGAGCGACGCUGGCCUCGCCACACUCGGAUGAGCACGUGGACAAGUCGGAGAAGGCGGACAAGAUCUGA